GUCGAAGAAACAGAGUGAAAAAAGAGUAAAGAACAAUGCUUGAGCUUCUUGGAGCUUACAGGAAUCUCACACUUCAAAUCCUAUUAUCUCUCUUCUUAACCCUAAUCCUCUCAUUCGUCAAAAUCUCAAUCAUCUUCCUCCACGGUCUCUGUACCUAUAUCCAACCUGAAAAUCUCAACCAAAACAACGCCGGAAAUGGUCUCCGACCCGCGAUUCGACGACCAUCUAGUACCGAUGAUCCAAAGUCCAAUGUUGAAGUCAGAAGAAGAAACAGAUCCAAAGAUAAAUCCGAAUUCGACGAAAGCAAUGCUCAGAUCUUUCGAAUUAAGCUCGAUGAAGAUCAUCUCAGAUCUCGAAUGUAUUUCACUGAGUACAAUUCGAUUUUCGUGUUAUUGUUCUUAGCUGUUUCUUGCUUUCUUCUUCAGAAUUACUUCGGUGUUGAGGAUAGUCAUGGAGUUUUGGGUAAUGGAUUGAUGUUUCCGAUUGUUCUUGGGUUUAUAGCUUUGUGUAAGGUGUUCGUUGCUUUGGGGAAGAUUUCGAUUGAGAGAUCUGCUUCGAAGAAAUCUGAGAAGAAAUUGAGUUUGAUUUUUGGUGUUUUAGGGUUUGUGUUUGGGAUUAUAAUCAGUGCUGGUGUUUUUCCUAAAGGAUUUGAUUUUCAUUUGGGUUCUGUUGAUGCGUUUUGCUGUAUUGUGAUAUCGUUUUCGAUGGCUUGUAUUGGUGGAUUUCUUUAUAUGCCUGCUGGAAGAAGUGCAAGGUCGUUUUGGGUUGGGACUGAUCAGAUUAGGAGUAAUUUGUCUAUCAUUUCUUGUGGAUGGUUCGGUAGGAUGAUUCUCUAUGCGAAUUAUAUUGUAUCGGUGUUCACUUCUUUGCUUUGGAUUCAUCCGUUGGCAGAGAUUUUAGUGAAGAGAAGUGAUAAUGCUGGAAGUAGUAGGAGUCACAUUGGGUUGGUUGGUAAUGUAGGCAUGUCGAGUGAUGAUUUUGUGAAGUUUCGGGUUUUGUGUUUGUUACUGUCGGGUUUACUGCAAGCGAUGGCGGUUCGUCCUAACCUUCAGAUGUUCUUGAACGAAGCAGUGCUCUCGUGGUACCAGAGAUUACAUGGAAGCAAAACUCCUGAUUUGGAGUUUAGUCGGGCGAAGAUGUUCCUUCACAACCAUUACUUAUGCCUCGUUGCUCUGCAGUUUUUGGCGCCGUCAGUUCUUGUGAUUCUUUUCCUCGGCUUGUCUCAGAUUGACUUGAGCUCUUUUGCUGUAUCGCAACUGGUAUGUGGUUCUUUGCCUUGUAGCGAUUUCAUUAAACAAGUCGGUUUGUUGAUGUCUUGGUGGGUACUCUUUGUUUGGUCGGGUUUUGCUUCAGCGAGUCUUGUUUUCUAUCGUCGGGGUGUCUUGUAUGUUUCUUGAGAAGUCUGUAGCUUUUUCCCAACAUUGUUUUAUGUAUCAGUGGAAAAUGGCAAAAACACAACAACAAAUCAGUUUUGCAAAA